GGCUCAAUAAAUGUCCCAAUUACUUUAAGUACAACAUUUGCCUAAAAGGCUCCUACUUAAUUAUACUCUGAAUUCGAUUACGGUCGUGCCGGAACUCCCACUAGAGACGCCUUUGAGAAAUGUAUCGCAGCCUGCGAAUAUGGUAAAUAUGCUAUAGCUUUUGCCUCCGGAUGUGCAGCUAUGACUGGUGUAGUACACGCAUUGCCUAAAGGAUCUCAUAUAUUAAUAUCUGACGAUGUUUAUGGAGGUACAAGCAGAUAUAUGCGUCAAUAUGCAAUAGAAAAGUUUGGUUAUUAAGUUGAUUUCGUAGACUUGACUAACAUUGAGGUUGUAAAAAGCAACUUAAAAUAAAAUACAAGCAUUGUUUGGAUCGAAACUCCCACAAACCCUUUAAUUAAGUUAGUUGAUAUUGAAGAAUUAAUAAAAAAAGUACGUCAAACACACCCAAACGUCUGGAUUUUAGUGGAUAAUACAUUCGCCACUCCUUAUCUUUAAAGUCCUUUGCUUAUGGGAGCCGAUAUAACUCUUAAUUCAGUUUCUAAAUACAUCGGAGGUCAUUCAGAUAUAAUUAUGGGAGCUAUCGUUUGCAAAGAUAAGACUAUACAUUAAAAAAUAUAUCAUGCAUCUUUAAGUUUUGGAGGAUGUCCUUCGCCUUUUGAUUGCUAUUUGGCUUUAAGAGGACUUAAAACACUAGAAUGUAGAGUUAAAAAUCACUGCAAAAAUGCAUUUUCAGUUGCUAAAUUUUUAGAAGAUCACCCACAUGUUGAAAGUGUUAUUUACCCAGGGUUAAAAUCACAUCCUUAGCAUGAAAUUGCUAAAAAAUAAAUGAGAGGACCAGGAGGAAUGAUAUCUUUCAGAAUUAAAGGAGGAUUGAAAGAAGCUAAUAUAUUUUUAUAAUCUUUUAAAUUGGUUGUUUUGGCAGAAUCUUUAGGAGGAGUUGAAACUUUGGUUGAACAUCCAGCUUAAAUGACUCAUGCUAGCAUCCCAGAAGAUAUUAGAGCUAAAUUGGGAAUUACUGAUAAUUUUAUUAGAAUUUCAAUUGGACUUGAAGAUGCUGUUGAUAUUAUGGAAGAUUUUAAUUAGGCUUUGGAAAAAGCAUGUGGAAAAAUUUGAUUUUUUUUUUUUUUAAAUCGACAUUUUUCUAAUAUCAUAUAAAUUAGUUUUUGUUUUUUAUUUUUUUGAAGACUUAAUUCUUAUUAUUUG